UUGACGGCCCAUUUCACGGCGUAGCAAAGUUCCGUCAGUCCAAGGCAGCAUCGUGAGCACAACGGCGGCGCGGUGGCAAUUUUACUCAGUCGAAGCCAACUACAACAGUUCUGGAUGACUCUCCGCCCACCACCGGCUUUGUGAGAGGAGGACACGCCUCCUUUCUUGGUCUCUCUCUCCUGAACGGAGAAAAAAAGAAAAAGGCUCCCUUUGUGGCGUUCUGCCUUGGCAUCACCGAGCAGGACGGUGGAGCAAUCCGAGCUUUUACCUAAUGGCCGUGCCUUGGCGAGUCGGUUGGAUUCGGAGUUGGCCAUCGUCAUGGCUACUUGCUGGUGUGCUCCCAAGGUCAAGUCUGUGAGGGUCCGGAAACGGCAUCGUGGUACAGUACUGGCUCCGUUGUGCGCCGUGCGGUGCAUCCACGCCUCGGGGAGCGCCCGUGGCCUCCCGCAUUGGCUUCUAGCGCGCUGUGGAGCAGGCAAUUCCUGCUGGUUUAAUAGCCCGGAUCCCCAGUUUCCAUUCCCGCCUGGUCCUGUGACAGCUCUUGCAAGAGAACCUGUCCGGAGUCGUCAUUCCUCAGGAGAAAAGCCCGUCCCAGAAAGACUAUAUAAACCUCCUCCACGUCGCCCCUUGGGAGGCAACUUUUCUCUUUCCUGCUCAACUAACGCUACUCUAGAAUCCAAGCAACUUCCAGAAGAAAGAUCUCCUCUCUUCGCUCCCGCAACGCUCCACUCCCUUCAAAGUCUUCGCCCGUAUAUCAACUUUCCUCUACGCAAGCAGUCUCCCCUUUUUCUUCUCGAAGAACAGUACUCCCGAACGACCUCUUUUUCUCUUCCUCCUACUAGCCAUGUAUACCUACACAGAGAACAACAAGUACCUCGUACUCCUCCCUCAAGCUCACGCCGUUGCCCAACUCGGGCUAGGCUUGCCACCACAACCUUCUCCCAUCAACAACACCACCGAAUCGGCCGUGCCGACAGAGCUGCCAAUGCCUGCCGCCGGCACCAAGACGCAUCGCUCCCCCAGCACCGGGGCCAACAUGACCGAAGGCGAGAAAGCCCUCGAAUGCGGGUUCCUGAAGCUCGGUCCAUGACCGAGUCCUCCAAUGGAUCUAAAAACCCCUGCAAAUAAACAGAAAAAGAAAAACAAGCAUCAGCCUCAAAAAAGUGAUUUUUGGCUUUUUUUCCUUCCCAAUCAUAUUCACCAAAAAGAUUUACAAUUUUAACUCUAUUCCUCUUUGUUCUCAACGACCAAUCAACCUUAUGGAACAAGCAACCUGGGACCUGAAAUCCUUGUGCACCGGCUACGCACGGAUUUCUCGACCUGUGAUGACUUUUACCGGCGGCUAAGUACUGCUAUCGAUGCGGUCGGGCAAAAAAGAAAAAAAUUUUCAACAAUUGAACGUUGAAGAAAUGUCGACUCUAACGAUAUGCUCUCGUCGUCAAAAGACAUCUGGGCACUCGUGCGACCGACAUGCUGUGCAGCCGCCGAGUUCACCGUUUCUUGUACUUUUUUUGUGCUUUGCUAGCGCUGAUUGGCCUUGGUUUCUUUUUUAAAUUUUCUUAUUUAUCAUGAUCAUCAUUUGCAUCUAUCCAAGCGGAAACAUUCCAUUGUUCAUUUUCAUUUUUUUUUUUUUUUUUUUUCUCACUAUUGAAGACAAAACCCCUGUACAUACUGCCUUCACGAGAGAGAGAGAACAAGCUUUAAGAGAAGGGAGAAAAAAAGGCAAAAGGAAAAUACAAAAUGCCCAUCUUCUCUUUUACUUCUUCUCUGAUCUGAGGGUGAGAAAGAAAAACAGGGUUCACAAAACCCUCAUCAGAUCACCUCAUUUCACUUUUACCUUUUUUUUUUUUUCAGUCACACAUGACCAAGUCGAAAAAUAAAAGUUUCAUGAGCCCACCGUCUCGCGCAUCGUCGCGGGGAAUCGAGAGCAUCGUCUCCACC